AUGUCGGAAAGAUUGCCUCAUGAUUUGAACUGCUUGACCAUCUCGGAGCUGCAGAAACAUGCUGCGGUCAUGAUGGACAAGCAGACUCGUGACUACUACAACGAGAUCGAUACCAGCGUGAACAUAUUUGGACACAAGAACAGCGUUCCUCUGGGAGUGGCACCAACAGCGAUGCAAAGGCUUGCUCAUUCAGACGGAGAACUGGCAACCGCGAGAGCAUGCAAGAAGAUGGGUAUUGCCAUGGGUCUCUCUUCUUUUGCAACGACAACACUGGAAGAUGUGGCCGAGGCGAGUGGCGACAACCCGCAUGUGCUUCAACUGUAUCUCUUUGAGGAGCGCGACCACAGUGUCAAGCUGUUGAAGAGAGCAAAGGCGGCAGGCUACAAGGCCGUCUUCCUCACUGUCGACACACCUAUCCUCGGCCGUCGCAAUCUCGAAAUCAGAAAUCAGUUCAAGCUGCCAUCACACUUCAAGAUUCCCAACUUUGAGGGUCAGGGCGACAACCAACCAGAGGCCGAGGCCGAACAGAGAGGUCAAGGCGCAACUAGAAGAGGUAGUGAGGCUGGAUACACAGAUGGCGAGGGCAACAGAGUGGUGCCACAGGGGCCUAUUACCUUCCACUCGCAUGCAGCCAAUCCAACACUCUCAUGGGACCGAGAUAUUGAGUGGCUCAAGAAGGAGUGUGGAGACGAGAUGCAGGUGUGGGUCAAGGGCAUUGCCACAGCAGAAGAUGCUUUGUUGGCGGUCCACCACGGCGUCGAUGGCAUUGUCGUGUCCAACCAUGGUGGAAGACAGCUGAAUGGCGCACUAGCAACAUUGGACGCGCUUCCCGAGGUGGUGGCAGCGGUGCAGGGCAAGAUCCCAGUGCACGUCGACGGCGGCAUCAGACACGGAACCGAUGUGUUCAAGGCACUGGCGCUGGGAGCAGAUUUUGUGUGGAUUGGCAGACCGGUCCUCUGGGGGCUGGCAUACAAGGGCCAAGCAGGAGUUGAGCUGUGCUUGCGCCUGCUCUCGGACGAGAUCAGGCUGGCCAUGGGUCUUGCUGGCGUCACAAAGGUCGACGAUAUUUCCAAGGAGUAUCUGGUCAAGAUUGACAAAAGCGGAUUUGUCGCAAGGUUGUAG